AUGUCUGCAAUGGAAGAGUUUAUACAUAUACCUAGUGAUGCGGAGUCAGAAAAUACCGAGAGCAGUGAAGAUGAGUAUGAUCCUGAAGAUUCUAUAGAGGAGACACCUGAUAUAUCCGACGAUAUAUUAUGUCCAGAUCUUGAAGCAGUUGACCAUACUGACGAAGAGGAUGAUACUCCACUAAGUUGUCGACUUGAAAGAACAGACGGUAUCUGGGAAGCAAAAAAGAGAUCGUUUUUUGAACCUGGUUUUUUUGAACACGAAGGUCCAAAGAAUCUCCCUGAUAGUGUGAAAACUCCAGGAGACGUAUUCUUAUGUUUGUUUUCAGAAAGCUUCAUUGACAUCAUAGUAGAACAGUCAAAUCUUUAUUGUACUCAGAAAAAAUUGAAAUUUGAACCCAUCACCAAUGAUGAGAUAAAAAAGUUUUUGGGGCUAAAUAUAAUAAUGGGGAUCAAAAGGUCACCAUCGCAUAGAGACUAUUGGUCUACGAACUUUCAGAUGAAUGAUCCAUACGUCUCUUCAGUCAUGCCUGUGAAGCGAUUUUCAUUACUCUUAUCUACUUUACACUUGAAUGAUAAUUCUCAGGAACCACCAAGGGGCGAUCCCAAUUUCGAUAGACUGUACAAAGUCAGACCAUUGCUGGAAAAUCUUUCUGGAACAUUCAAAAUUUUCUACGGUCCUGACAAACAUCAAGCCAUUGAUGAAAGUAUGAUUAGGUUCAAAGGUAGGAAUAGCAUAAGGCAGUAUCUGCCAAUGAAACCUAUCAAGCGGGGCUAUAAGGUUUGGGUUAGAGCUGACAAAUAUGGAUAUGUCUGUGAAUUCCAGAUUUAUACCGGAAAAGCGAACGAUAAGUCGGAAAAGUUCCUUGGUGAAAGAAAAAAAGAAAAAGAAAUGUCAGUUGGUGAUAGUGAAUUCCGCUCCUCAUAUAACGGAGUCAGUUGGCUGAAAUGGAUAGAUAAGAAACCUGUCCAUUUCUUAUCUAAUUUCCAUGAUGCUUCUAAAAUUUCUCAAGCCAACAGGAGGCAAAAAGAUGGAUCUUUGAAAGAAGUAACUUGUCCACAAAUAUGCGUAGACUAUAAUGCUUUUAUGGGUUGCGUUGAUAAAGCUGAUAUGCUCAAGUCGUAUUAUGAAAUCAACAGGAAAAAAAUACAUGAAACUCAAAGACUUCCUAUUGUCAGUCGUACAUUCCUUGAUAAAAAUCCGUAA